AUGGGAAACAAUUGCUCAUAUAAAUAAUAAAUAAGCAAUAAGAUGCAAUCUCUAUAAGUAAAUUCUGCAAGCAAUCCCUAAGGAAUGUCGAAACCUAAACUAGAUAGUUUGAUAAACACUAGUUAAUUAACUUAGAUGGAAAUACCUAAUGCUAUGCUUCAGUCACCUACUAAACCUUUUAUUCCAAAACACAAUGAAAUUAAAUCAUUAGUAAGAGUUCCUUCAGAAGAAAGCUUGUUUUUAUCAUAAUUCAAUAAUGUUAAGGUUGAUGAAUAAAAAAAUAAUUCAAUCUACUAAAAAAAGAACAUAUAAAAACCUCUUAUGACGUUGAAAUCAUCUUUAAAACGUAAUAAUCAAUAGAUUAUGGUUUAAAGUCCUAAAUUUUAAUCAUCAAGUCCAUAAGUAAAAUAAUAAAUAAAAUGUCGUUCACAUUCCCCUAUUUAUAAUUGUGCAAAUGGUGAAUUAAAAACAAAAAAAAGUAGGGAAAAUUCAAAAAAAGUAAAUAAAUAAUCUUAAGAAUAUAAACCAAAGAGAAAAUAUUCAGAUGCCCCUGUAUAAAAAGAAAAACAUAAUUUAAUGAGAAGGAAAAUAAGUGAUAUAUGUGAUGAUCACAAUUAUAUAAUAGGAGUUGAGAGUUAUAGUCCAACAAAAUUAAGAACCUACACUCCUACUUCAAUUUUAAAAAGAAAAGAUUCUGAUGCAGAAACGAAUUCCCCUUUAAAAAAACAAGUUAGAUUCAAAGAACAAGGGAUUAAUCGUAAGUUAAAUUAUAACUGA